CAGAGCUGGGAGGCGUGGGCGAGCCCGCGGGCUCCGCACGCGCCGGCUGGGGAGCCGAGACGCGCCGGCAACUUUUGCAGGAGAUUUUCGUACUUCGGAGAAAAGCCUCGGGGCAGGGACCGCAGGCGUCCGGCUGGAAUAACCCAACUUUCUCCAGCUCCUUAACCCUCCUGGCCGGCUCCCCUGCCGCGGCAGCCCCUGUUCGUUCCCCCCCCCGGAGCUCCUGCGGCCACCGAGGGAGAGCGGCGGGGACCUCUGCGCCCGUAAAUCAUCUGCGAGGGGACGGAGCAGGCAGACAGCGGAGGCGAAGCAUCCACCGGAGCCGAGCCCGCAACAUCGGGGAAAGUUUUGAAGGGAGAAGGACCUGGCAGGCUGGGUAGGAGGCGAGAAGAGCCGGGCUGGGCUGAGCCGAGCUGAGCUGAGCUGCAGGCGGAGCGAGGUUGCGCGGCGUGUCUGCUCUUCGCUCGUUUCUCCCUUCAGGCUGGCAGGGGCGAUGCAGCGCGGCUGGGGGAGCUCUCGGAAGCUGCUUUAAGAGGGGAAAAAAAAAAGAAAUCCUCUGUGGAUGUGAUUAAUUCCAACAAUCCCCUCCCCAGAAGAUCUGGAAAAGAGAAGAGAGAAUCACCUAUUCCUCCCUCCGCCUUCCAGCGGCUGGCUCCUGCCCCCCACCCUCGCUCCCCCCUUUUUCUCCACCUCCUUCUCCUUCCCCCGUGCGCUCCCGGGGCUGCAGCCACAGCCCGGUCGGCAGGAGGCAGGGCGAGGACUCCCCCAAGUUGGCUGCAGCUGGCAGCACUCGGGGCAGCCCGGGACCGGGGCAGCGCUCGCCGCCGCCCGCUGAGCGAGGAGGGGCCGGGGCAGCGCUGGGGCUGCCCGGCGCCGGCUCCGUCCCUGCCGGCCUCGCCGUCCGCGGCGCCCCGUGUGCCCGCGGGGCUGCUCGCUUCCCCGGGCAUCCCCGCAGGACCUGCGAGGGGGAAGCGGCGCUCCGCUCUCCCUGCCUCCUCCCCUCCCUCUCUUUCUCCUUUCUUUUUUGUUUUUGUUUUGUUUUUAAUUUUUCCCCUGAGUGCGGCUCCGAUUUGGAGGGGUCUCUUGCUCCGCCCGAGGGGACAGCGGGGCGCCGGUGCCCGGCGCGGAGCGGGGCGCAUGGGGGGGCGUUUCGGGAGUCUUUCGCCUGCUCCUCGCUCCCCCGCUGGAUGCUGCCUGGGCUGUUUUGGCUGCUUUUCCUCGCCGGCGAUGAAGGCUCUGCCGUGAAGAUGGAGAUGAUCUGUUUUUUAUUCCUGUCUCUGGUCCCGGCGUACAGCAGGGCACAAGGGGUUUACGCUCCUGCUCAGGCCCAAAUCAUCCAUGCUGGGCAGGCGUGCGUGGUGAAGGAGGACAAUAUCAGUGAACGUGUUUACACCAUUCGGGAGGGGGACAUGUUGGUCCUGCAGUGUCUGGUCACAGGACAUCCCCGGCCACAGGUGAGGUGGACCAAAACCGCCGGCAGUGCCUCGGACAAAUUCCAAGAGACGUCAGUGCUUAACGAGACCCUUCGGAUUGAGAAGAUCCAAAGGCUGCAGGGGGGCCGCUAUUACUGUAAAGCAGAAAAUGGGGUUGGGGUCCCUGCCAUCAAGUCCAUUCGAGUAGAUGUGCAGUAUCUAGAUGAACCUGUUCUCACCGUUCACCAGACCAUCAGUGAUGUACGUGGCAGUUUCUAUCAGGAGAAGACUGUCUUCCUCCGCUGCACUGUCAAUUCCAACCCACCAGCUCGCUUCAUCUGGAAACGGGGAGCUGAGACACUUUCCCACAGUCAGGACAACGGGGUGGACAUCUAUGAACCCCUCUACACACAGGGUGAAACAAAAGUGCUGAAACUGAAGAACCUGCGGCCCCAGGAUUAUGCCAGCUACACAUGUCAGGUGUCUGUCCGCAACGUCUGCAGCAUCCCUGACAAAUCAAUCACCUUCCAGCUCACAAACACCACAGCCCCACCUGCUCUGAAGCUGUCAGUCAAUGAGACACUGGUGGUCAACCCUGGUGACAACAUCACCAUGCAGUGCUCUCUGAUAGGUGGUGACCCGCAGCCAGAGGUGGUUUGGUCUCACUCGCCUGGCCCAAUGCCUCCCAACAGCCUUGUGCAAGGAGGCAACCUUAGCAUCUGGAGGAUCCACGUGGAGGACUCAGGCUACUACAACUGCACAGCCAUCAACAAUGUGGGAAACCCAGCAAAGAAGACAGUGAACCUGCUGGUGCGAUCCAUGAAGAACGCCACGUUCCAAAUCACCCCUGAUGUGAUCAAAGAGAGUGAGAGCAUCCAGUUAGGGCAAGACUUGAAGCUCUCAUGCCACGUGGAUGCUGUCCCUCAGGAGAAGGUUGUCUACUCCUGGUAUAAGAAUGGGAAACCAGCCAGGUUCUCAGACCGGUUGCUUAUCACCAGGAAUGACCCCGAGCUCCCACCUGUGACCUGCAGCCUGGAGAUUAUUGACCUGAGGUUCAGUGACUAUGGCACCUACCUGUGUGUGGCUACCUUCCAGGGAGCACCCGUCCCUGACCUCAGUGUGGAGGUGAACAUCUCCUCGGAGACAGUGCCACCAACCAUCAGUGUCCCAAAGGGUCAGUCCACCAUCACUGUCCGGGAGGGCUCCAGGGCUGAGCUGCAGUGCGAUGUUCGAGGGAAGCCCAAGCCACCCAUCAUCUGGUCCCGGGUAGAUAAGGAAACCCCCAUGCCUUCAGGGACAAUGACGGUGGAGACGUAUGAUGGGAAGCUGCGCCUGGAGAGCGUGAACCGAGAAAUGAGCGGGACCUAUAAGUGUCAGACGGCCAGGUACAAUGGCUUUAACAUCAGACCCCGGGAAGCCUUGGUGCAGCUCAACGUGCAGUUCCCCCCCAUGGUGGAGCCGGCGUUCCAGGACGUGCGUCAGGGCAUGGGGCGCAGUGUCACCCUGCGCUGCACCAUGCUCAAAGGGAGCCCCAUGAAGGUGGCCACCUCUGUCUGGCGCUUCAACGGGACACUUCUGGCCCAGCCUCUGGCAGAGCAGCAGGACUACUCUGAGCUGAAGGUGGACAGUGUGAGCCGGGAGACCAGCGGUAGCUAUGAGUGCAGCAUUUCCAACGAUGUGGGAGUCUCCACCUGCCUCUUCCAAGUGUCUGCAAAAGCUUACAGCCCAGAGUUUUACUAUGACACUCCCAACCCCACCUUGAGCCAGAAGCAGUCCAAGAAUUACUCCUACAUAUUGCAGUGGACACAGAAGGAGCCUGAUGCAGUGGAUCCUAUCCUCAAGUACCGCCUGGAAGUCAGGCAGCUAGCUCAGAGGAGCACCAUCCAAACCUUCAUUCCUGUGCAGAAAAUGGAGAAGGGCCUUUUGUUGGAGCACAUCUUGCCCAAUCUGAAAGUUCCUCAGAGCUAUGAAGUUCGCUUGACACCCAUCACCAGCUUUGGGGCUGGAGAUAUGGCUGCCCGCAUCAUCCGGUACAUGGAACCAAUCAACUAUCCCAACCCAACAGAUAACACCUGCCGCUUUGAGGAUGAGAAGAUAUGUGGCUUCGUGCAAGACAAGAUGGACAACUUUGACUGGACCCGCCAGAACGCCCUGACCCAGAACCCCAAGCGCACUGUCAACACGGGCCCCCCCGCAGACAUCAGCGGUACACCUGAGGGUUAUUACAUGUUCAUCGAGGCGUCUCGGCCCCGGGUGACAGGAGACAAAGCCCGGCUGAUCAGCCCCCUGUACAACAUUACUGCCAAGUAUUACUGUGUCUCCUUCUACUACCACAUGUAUGGGAAGCACAUCGGCUCCUUAAACCUACUGGUUCGUGUGCGGAACAAGCGGGCCAUCGACACGCAGGUCUGGUCACUCAGCGGGAACCGAGGGAACAUGUGGCAACAAGCACACGUUCCCAUCAACCCGCCAGGGCCUUUCCAGAUCAUCUUCGAAGGCGUCCGUGGCACAAGCUAUGAGGGGGACAUUGCCAUCGAUGAUGUCACUCUGAAAAAGGGAGACUGUCCGAGGAAGCCCAUUGGCCCAAAUAAGGCGGUUGCUCUUCCAGGAAGUGGAGUCCCAGUCCUGCACAGCCCUUGUCUUUGUGGCCCAUUGACUUUCUUCCUUUACAUGCUGCUCAGAUGAUGGCAAGCAAGUGUCCCUUCGGACCGAGACAUUUCUGCUCCUUUUCUACUCAGCCACCUCUGCUCCUCUUCCUCCCCUCCUCACUGGCACACCAAAGUGUCCAUAUGUUACCAAAGACUGAUAGGCAUGAUCACGCAAAGGGAUCUGGUUCAGAGCUGGAGGACUCCUUGAGAAAGUCAUAAUGUCUAAAACAAACAAAAUUAAAAAAAAUAAAGACGAAAUCAAAAAAGCAUGUGUGUGAGAGAGACAGAAAGAAAGAGCAGAAGGAAGGAAGGAAGGAAGGAAACAGAAACACACAGAAAACAAGGAAUGAAAGACAAAAAUAGGAAUGAAGAAGUGUAAAGAGCAAAUGAAGGAGGAAAAACCACCCCCAUGUUUCCUUGGGAAUGUUGGACAGGGCUUCCUCAGGGAAGUAGGGACUUGUUUUAAACAAACAAACAAAAAUAUAUUAAAGCACAAAUUUCUACCGGAAAAUUCUACCCUCUUUACUGCAGAGUCCACUGCCUGGUGGACAUAUGCCACAGUACUCCCCUUCGGCUCUCCAGGCCUUCCCACGGGCUGCGGCUACUCCACUCCAGCUGCAGAGCCCUGCAGUGACACACGGCCGGCCUCAGUGUGGGGCAGCAGCUGCCCUGCGUGCUGGUGGCUGGAGUAUCUUGCCUCGCACCGCAUGUGCUUCUGCACAUCCGCAUCUUCCAGACUCUCAUGUGUUUAAGUGCCCCGUGUGUGAUUUGCUUUGGCCAGUGCUGCCUUCCUUUCUCCACCCCUCUGUGCUUUCCACCCUCUAGCCCAAAGAAGACAGAUGAGGAAUGGACCCAUCACAUGGACCAUGCUGAGAGGUGGAGAAGUCCCGGCUGAAUCCAGCUGCAGCGUUGGCCUCUGAAAGCCUCCUUCUCUCUCAGCACCUCUUGCUGGGUAGAGAAACUGUGAAAGCACAUAAGAGCUGCAAACAGGAAGGUCUCUCUGUGGGGCUGAGGAAUGCAAUGGGAUGAGGUGGGGUGGGGUGGGAAGGUGGGGAGUCACUGCACAUCAGCUCUUCUCUGUGAAUGUUGGGAUGAGAGUUGCCUCAGCCCUAGGCCCAGGAUUGCUUCUCAGCCUCUCCUUCGUUAACUAUUUAUUUUGGUCUUUUAUUCAAUGUCUUAACUUCCCCCAGCUCAAGCUUUUUGGAUUAUGGGAAAAGUCACACAUUUCAGCCUUCUCCACCACAAACCAUGGGUCCUCUGCCCACACUCCAGCCCCUGCCAGUCCAGACAGCUCUGAAAUGGCCAUCUCACAUCCUGAGGCCUUUUUAGCAUGUGCAGCCCAUUAGCUGCAGAGAGGGUGAAAUGUGGCAACAUCAUUAUUGCUCAGAGGAAAGGUGGCUGAAUUUUGUCAGCAUGGACAGUCUUGAAGCUACUCGAUUUCCAUCAUUAAAGUGGUGGGCAGAGAAGCUGAAAGGUGGAACAGGCAGCGAAAUGCCCAAGGAUGGAUGAAGGCAGGAAGCUUGACUCAAAAGAGAGGUUUACUCUGAACUAUGGACCUGUUUUGCCACUAAAAAAAGGGGGAACAGACACAGUGAUUGGAAUUUCAUCUUUUUUCCUGCUGGCAUCAUGAAAGGGUAAAUCCGAUGUCUCUCUGCUCCCGACCUGUUGCAGCCAGGUUUGUCCACUCCAUUCUUGUGGCUUGGUCUAGGGGGAAAUCAGUGUGGAGGCACUUGCUGCUCCAUAUGAACCCCCACUGGCCAAGUUGGAGCCAUAAUAGCCUUGCUGCGACUGGAAGCUGCUCCAGGUAUAUCUUACCUCCCUGCACAGGGCAGAGCUACUGUGGAUUGGGGUUUACUAGCCCAUGCUCAGGCAGUUCAUUUAAGCAGGACUCUUCCUUCUAAGGGACAGCCCAUCUGAACUCCACAUCAGGGGCAUCGCAGAGGUACAAGGUCCCUAAAGAAGCCCCCAGUGUCCAUGGCUCGUUCCUCGCUUCUGAUGAAUAUAUUGGGACAGUAACAUUUGACUAAAAUUACCUGAAUGUAUUAUCUGCCUCUUGUAUUGCUUGGCUUCCUGAAAUAGUUGAAGCCUCAUUUCCUCCACUGAUGGAGGACGAGAGCUUUCAUUUAAUCCCAAGAGAUCCAGUUUAAAGUCCUGAAACCAGUUCUCUCCAGCUGCUGGAAGGGAGUUCAUCUGCACUAAUGCUCCCUGGCCAGCAUCAGAGAGAAAAAAGCAUAUCAGCUCCAAGGAACAAGGGGAGCUCCUUCAUAUGAUGUCUUGCAAGACAUGAAAGGGGAUAAUAAGGGUCUCCCUUGCUCCUGUUUUGUUGAUUUUCUCCACUUCCAAGAAUGAGGACUGUGCCCUGUCCAUCUUUUCCAUCUCCAUUCCUCUCUCCAGAACCCAGACUUGGAUCACACAGUAUAUUUGACUGGGAGACCUGAGGCUGUCUCUCAUGGCCUGGCAAUGCUGUGGGAUGUAGUGGUCUCCUAGAGUGAUUCUGCUCCUUGCUCUCCAUUGCUAUUUUCAUGGGCAGCCAGCACCCCUGCCACUCUUUCAGCUGAGCUCUUUCAGUCUAGUGCUUUUCAUUUCCUUAGGGUUUGGUAGAGGCAAGAAGUCAUCCUCCUCUUCCUGGUAAGAGUCUGCUUUCAUUCCUAGGAGAGAGCUGGUACUUUCCAGGGGCCCUUGGAUGCUUCAUGGUGGCUCCUGAUCUGUCAGCUGCAAAACAUGUAUGUUAUUUUGCUGAUGCUGGGGGGCUUUCAUGGAGUAGAAGUGGAGAAGGGAGUAUUUUCCUUUCUGUAAGAGUUAGCCCAGGGUAACCACAUCACCUUUUAGGCUGUGAGCAUCUCAUGGCCUUGCUUCUACUGACUGCUUAGGCCUUUGGAAGAGUGUGAUGGUGAGCAGCUGCAGACUCACGGACAAAGCGUUAUCUCUGAGGCAAGUGCCAGCAAAGGGACACCACAUUUUUAGAAAGGGAGACCUGUGGGGAGGAUGUCUAGGCCCUGCUGCUAGCACCGUGCCUGCAAAGAAGGAUGCAAAUGCUUCACUAAGCUGACCCACUGCUCAGGGGUCAAGCAGCCCAUCCUGCGCCGUGGGUCCAGAGCAGAACAAGCAGAUCACUCUGGCCAGGGAUGAAGCCUCCUGCUGCUGCAGGGCUCAGGUGUGCUGCUCACUGGCCCACUGGCCUGCAUAUAAAUCUCAGGGAGUGCCUUCCCUCUUAGACCUCUGCUCUGCUAUCUCUAGCUUGAGAGCAGCCAGUGGUAUGUUUUGGGGAAAGUCAUUAACCCGAGUGCCUCAGCAUGUCAGAAGUACAGAGGAAGAAAGGCAGGAACUCAUUUCCCUGGCAGACAUGCUCAGAGUGUAGCAGAGGAAAGAGGCACUUAGCAGCAAUGAUGAGGAGCUUUGAGAGGAAGGAGGCUCAUGUGUGGUGUGGUGGAGGGGGCAGUGUCCCUCUGUCCAAGGGAAGAAGCAUUAGUGGUUUACUAACCUAGCCACAUGCUUGAGGGGCAAUUCUGCUUGAGGAAGUAACGCAUCCCAAGUGAGAUACAAAGCCAUUCUCCUUACCCCUUGCAAUUAAAGAUCCCCUCACAGUUUUCACAGUGUUCUGGCUAAAUUACAGUCCUUAAAUGUAAUUACAGAUUGUUUUCUUACAUAUCUGUUGCAGUCCCAACUGGGUGCAUUACGUUUCGCUUCCUGAUGUUUUAUGUUGCUCUGUGCCUAUUGAGUAGUUGCUAUAUUCCACUCCAGAAGUUGCUGCAUUUCAGUGAUGGUGGAGAUUAUUCCUGUACAUAGUAUGAAAGUCCCUGCAGAAGAAAAGUGCAAUAUAAAUUUAAGAGACUGUUUUUAUUUACAAGGAGACCUCUGCUUGGUAGUUGUAGAAGUACAUUAGGAAGAAUGCUGUGUGGGUGUAAGCCGAUAUAUACUCAAUUUCUUUCUUUUUCAGGACAUAAAACGGAAAAUAUGUGUGUGCACAGGCUCCUGGGUAUAAGUUGUAGAUAUUAGAAGUAGUGAAUGCUACUCUGUAGUUACAAGUGGGGCUUACAAAGAAACUUUCAUUUGAAACCUCUUUUUGCAGUUGUUCAUUGUAUUCUGAAAGAAUACUUUUUUAUUAUAGUUUUCCACAGUUCAGUGAAAGUUCCAAUAACAGGUCAUCAACCGGACUUGAAUCUAGGGCUUUUAAAAAUAAGAACGUAAAUUCCUACCGCUUGCUCUAAAAAGCAGCUGCUGGCUGGUAAUAGUCAUAAGCCAUUAUUCUUCCAUGUAGAUCAGCCACUGGAAAGUGACAGAGCUAAUAUGUUUCAUUUGAUGUGAAGUUAAAUAAUUUGGAAUGCCUGAGUGUAACUCUUCCCAGGCAUACGGGAGUAGAAAAGAUGUUUCAUCUGCAUGAAAAACUUCAGUGCGUUGCUUAGUGCGCAAAUGAUUCAAAAUCUACCAAACUCUGAAUUGUUAUGAUUGGCAUGUGUGCAGAUCUGCCUCUGCAGAAUCACACAGCAUGCUGCCUGAGUAUCAGCUGUGGGAGAAAUGAUACGGAGCUCUUCUUCUGGGAAGUAGUUUUAUUCUGGGAAGAGGUAGGGUAGCAAUCAGGGAAAAACUGAGGUUUUUCAGGUGUUUAGGCUGGUAAAUUUCAGGAUAGUCUAGCAAGAAUAAUUUGUGGGUAUAUGUGUGUGUGUAGUAAUGAUGAUACAAAUUGUGUUUUAUUCCCUGCUGCUAUUCAAAGUACUGAAAUUUAAUCUCUUAGUAUACAAAGUCCUGUGGGAGCCCUACUCCAGAAUGACACAAAAAUGCAUUAGUGCCACAGGCGGAGCAGGCAAUGGGUUCCAGCCCCUCGCCCUGGCCCUGCCCAGCAUCCUGUACUCAUAAAACAGCCCUAUUUUGGGGUGGUGUCCUGCACUUCUCAGUCCAAAAGGGAUGGUCACUGGAGAGUAGGAACUGGUGUUGUUAGGAGAAGUGUCUGUCCAUUGCACUAUCACUGCUUGUCUCCAGUAUGGAUUGCUCUCCAUGCAAGGCGCUUGCAGGAGCAAACCCUGCUGCCCCCCCCCAAGCUCUCAGCAAAGCUGAGGUUGGAAGUUUUACCUGUGGGAAUUAAACACGAGGUCCUUCACACUGCUCUGAGGACCUUGGUCUGCUCCAGGCAGUGACAGAGAAAGGAACCGGUGUGCUUUCUCUCCUAGAAGAGAAGUCACCCUGCUCAAAGAGACAAAUAUUUGCCUUAAAGCAGAGAGCAGAGGGUACUGCUGCAUUGGUCCUCUCCAUCUGAGAGCCAUGUGGAUGGAUACGUACCUGCAGCCUUCCCCCUGGAAUGCUGCAGCACCCUGACCCCUGCGGGUGCCUUUGAACAGGCCAGUGAUGGGCUCAGGGGGACGUAGCACCGUGGGCCCUGUGCUUUAAGCUGGGUGCUGUGGGGCAGUGUCACGGCUCCCAGCGAUGCCUUGCUCUGUGCCCAGGGAGCAGGACCCUGCUUUCUAAUGGAGACGGAAGUUGCACUGUGAGUGUCUCCUGUGCAAACCAGACCCCCUCUGACACUCCUGGCUUUAGCAGAGACCAGCCCUGGUUCCUCUCUCUUUCUCCACUGAACUGCCCUGGCGGUCUUUUCUUUUCCAGGCUGCCCCCAGUGUGGGUGCCUCCCACCAUGCAGUCACCAUGCAUAGGGCAGCAGAGCCUUGUGCAGGCUGCUGGGGAAGCCAGGUGUUGCCUCCUUUUGUACUGUACUGUGGCCCCACUGUUAACUGUUCAUCCAGCUCAGCCUGGGAAGGCACUUAAUGCAGAAACGAGGCAUUUGCAGAGAAACAAGUCCUGGAAAGCUUUGGAAAUUGCAUUUUAACAGGACCCAAUUUACACUUUGUGGUAAUAACUGGCGUCUGGUGGUUUCCAGCAGGGAACUGAAUAGCCCUGGUAUACUCAGCAUCCCAAAUGAUAGCUAUGGUAUGUAUGUGCUUUUCGGCCCCUUCUUUGGAGAAAGUCAGUCCAGCUGUGGCACAUGCUGUUUGGGCUCACCGCCUGCCACCGCCUAGCCAGCUGUGGGGGGAAUCUGGGGUCUUCUAUGGCUACCCAGAGCCUGGCGUGGUCAUGGCAAACCAGAGACAGCCAAAUGUGCCCUGGAGGCCAUAUGCAUCCCAGGGAGCACUGCAGGGCAGCCCUGGGCCACCAUCACCCAAAUGACCUUUCCAGAGAGGCAGGAGAUGCAGCUUGCAAGGGGCUGUAACCUCCAGGGCACCUCACGGCCAUGGAAGAGACACACCAUCCCACUCCAUUUUGGCUGAGUGUGCCUUGGAUCUAGUCCCCCAGGUUGGGUGUAAUGUGGGCAUGAGCCUCGAUCAACAGCCCUUUAAUCCUGCUAAAUGAGAAAAUGAAACUUUGUCACUCUCACAGCUUUUGGUAAGUGAGUAAGUCCAAUCUCUCCUGACUAAUUUCAGUGUACUGCAGCUGAGUGCAGCCAUACCGCUCAGUUUUGCCAUCAAGCCUCUUCCUCAAGGGGAUGGAGGCAGCAGGUUUGCCAGGUUGGCUGUGUCCCCAUGCUGUGUGGCCAGCUGGCUGGCUGCUGGGGACUGCAGGGCUCAGUCCCACAACGCUCUGCAUUGCUUAGAUCUGUUCUGGCACAUUAGCCUUCUCACCUUGGCAGCCCUGGCAUAGCCAGAGGGGCUGGUGGGGCUGCCUGGGCAGCAGUGGUGCAACUGGAAGACAGGAGCAUUUCAGGGUGCAUGUUGCCUCCCUCAGGGACCUAAUGCAGGUUACAUCCUGGUGCAGUGGUUUGAUUUCCUCAGUGGCAAAAGAGGUCUCAUAACAGCCCCAUGGGCACCUGGAAGGAUGGAAUAAAGCAUGUUUGUUUUAUUCUUGAAAAGGAGAGGGGGAAGGCCAGGCUCCACACUGCAUUUCACUGGUGGUGGGCUUUAAAUAGCAGUAUGGGCUUUAACUGGCAAGUUCUCACUUGCUAGAUGAUGGAUACUAAAGAAAAGCCCUCAGACUAGAUUUCCCGACUGGACCCAUACCAGUAAGUUGUGCCAACCUGACCCCAGAUCCUCAGCACAUGUGUGUGCGAAGAGGCCGAACGACUCCGAGUUGAGCCAGCUGCCCAUCAAACAGCAGGUGCCCCGGUUGGUAGCUAGCAUGCGGAGCUGCGUGACGCCUGCCAGGCCACCCUGCCCACUGUGCCAGGGCUCCGAAGAGCAGGCAGCUGAACUGGCAAGUGAGCCGGCUGUGCCUUGGAGCCCUGCCUCGUCCCGUGUGGAGCGCUGCUGUGGCCUGAGGGGCGGAUGCCUCCGCUGACGGGCAGUGCGGGAGCUGUGCCCCCACAGGGGAUCCCACGGGCAAACUGCGAAGGGAGGUAGCACUCAGAUCCCAGCACACGAGUGCUUCCUUUCACUCUGCUGCUUUUCCUGCUGCAGGAUUUCCAGCAUGGGGCAGAGAACGAAGGAACAAGGGAGAGGGAGACACUGUCUGCGUUGGAAGCUGUUGCAAAGGGAGAGCUGGGUGAACAUGUUUUUUUCUGGAGAGCUGUGAAGGUCUGUGGUAAAUUUGGGUUUUGCAUGGGUCUGGGAUGACUUAUAAGCCAUUUGCUGCUGUGGAAGGAGGCAAAGUUUUGUGCUCCUGUUAACUCUUCUCCUAAAGAGGGGUUUGGCCAUGAAUGCCUGACUUACAGUGGGGUUUUUUAUCCCUAGGGUGGCCCCAACACAGCAUAAUACAGGGGCAUCCACAGCAGUGUAGGCACUCAAACCUCAUUGCUUUGCUGGCUCUGUUUGAUGUUAUAACGGCCAGGUCCUUGGCUGAAGCAUAGAGCCAAGUGAAGGGCAAUUACCUGAGCAACUGCCCUGCAUAUGUAGUUAUAUGUUCUCCCCAUCUACCAGCCAGGCCUAUAAGAAGAUAAAAGGCCAGCUGCUGCUCGCAAAGAGGUGGUCUUUGGCUCUGGUCUGCCAUUUAGGCAGUGGUGUGGCUUUCAGGCGCAUAAAACCCAGCUGUUAUAAUGGAGAUUUGCUCGCUGAUGGUCAAAGCUUGCAUAACUAUAGUAUGCCUCAGAUAAUCAGCAAAGCCAGGCACUGGGUAGGAGCUGGAACAUGCCAGAGGUUAUCUCUCCUUCUUAGCCACUCUGGGUGAGUAGCAACUCCUUUGCCCUCAGCAUUACAGCUGCUCAGGGCACAGGCUGAGUCUGAACCAGCUAAGAGAGAGUGCUGCCCCACUUCCCUGUCUGCCUCUCAACUGCUGCUGGCAGCACCAGCUAGUUUUCUCUUGAUGACUGCUUUAUAUAGUGUGGCACUGGGGUGAAGCUGUCUCCAGGUGUUGUUUGCACUGGUAUAUCCAGCGCUGGUGAGGUGAGGUGUUUGAUGUUAGCAGCAUGUAAAGGAAUCAGGACUGGAAAUUGAGGUGUGGGUGCCUAGCAGCUGCUAGCAAUGCAGUGGGGAAGGACAUAAAAGCCCUUUUUGGAGGCAGCAGCAUCACCAGCUGGUUCCCACCUCUCCCUUCUCACACUGUCCACACUUCAGCUCAUUGCAGGUCUCCUGCUGGUCCAGCCCAUCCCUCAGCCAUCCCAGGAGCUGACUGCAGAUGUUCCCCUGCAAGUGCCUGAUCCUGUGCUGAGCACUUCAGGCACGAUGCUGAGCACCCUCCAAGGUGCCACAUUUGGUAUGUGUUGUCUCCCUGGGGCUUGUUCUUGGGAACCAGUUACUGGUAUCAAUAAACACAGAGUGACAGUGAGAAGAGGCCACAGCAGCAUGGUCACCAGGGUUGAGGCUCAGACAGUGCCUGCAUUGUGGUGAGAGGAGAAAAUAUAUUUCUUUUUGUCUUUGAAAUGCCAUAAUCACUGACCAGGGACAAUAUUUUAAGUCUUCUGUGUGUAUGGCAGCAUGUACCACACAGAGGCUAAGCAGUGAGGGAGGUCUGAGCACUGGAAAUUUCCCUGGGAAAAUUCAGAUGCCAAUGGAGGAAGGUGUUCACACACUGGGGAGCACAGGAGCUUUCCUGUGCAUUUGUUCGGUUAUUUUCUAAGGGCCUCGGGUAUGUGCUAUACUGGGACGAGAAGACCCUCUCAGAAUUUGCUGGAGGUGACCUCUUGUUCUCCUUGAGCCUGGCUAUUUGUCCUCCUUACCUUCCCACCCCCAGCUUCCCAGUGCAUUGAUGUAACUGCUGGCAUGAACUCUGGGUAAAGUGGCCUAGUGUCAGUGCUUUCAAAUAGAGUAGCUUGGCCCAUAUUCCCAGUUCUAGAGACCUUUACUGUCUCACCAUAGAAGGCUGCACAGCAUGCAUUCAUCUCUCAAGCCAUUUCCAAAAAGCUGGGGAUGCUACAGAUAUGACUCUUUCUUUGUGGUUUGGGUCACAGUUUUUUCCUGACAGCAUAGAGACAAUCUCUAACCUCUAGAUGGGAUGGAAAAUGUGAUUCCAGCAUUGUUUUGCUUGGGUCUUUUCCCAGCCAGAACCAUCCUGCCUGUGUUGCAGUGAACACAGUGGAGGGGCUGUUGCCCAACGUGCAGCUGUCUUAUGGGGAGGCAGGUGUGGUAUCUCCCAUCUUUGGCCAAGCUUGAGCUUCAGGCAGUGUUUCCCACACUCUUCCUCACUCCAUCCCCCACCCUGAACUUAUCCGUGCCAGGCAUUUCAUUUCCAGUAUGGAGAGAUUAGCAGAAGACUUCGUCACUGGAUCCCAUAGAAGGGGAUCACACCAAAAUCCCGUCCUCAGCUCUAUGAGUGGCAGGGAGAACCAGCUCAGGCCCAAUGGUGAGCCACUUCAGUGGGAUCCAGACCCAGUGAGACCGCACCACCCUUAUGCUUCCAGGUCGCCGAGGCCAGUAGAAUAUGUUGACCUGACAGAAGCGUUUAUAAACACCCCCCAAAAAUAAGCUACACACAGAUUCUGUGUAUUUGGGGAUAAUAUGGAGGACGGGGGGGGGUCCUCUCAUGUUUCUUUUGCCAUCAGUAUCCUGGGUGGGGGUCCUGGAACAGAGCCCCAUCCUCCACCCACCUCCCUCAUUGCCACCACAUCUUGUCCUGUCCCGCUCCGCCUCUCAUAGGGUGCCACCACUGUCAUCAAGCGGAGCUGGAACCCUCUCACCACCACGAUACCAAGCCAUUCACAAUGUUUAAAGCACAAAACACAAAGGGAACUGACCUGAACCUUUGAAACAGGGUGAGGUGUUUUAUAGACGUUUCCUCAUCCACCCCCCGACCCUGACGCACCCGCCAUAUAAUCUAUAGAAUCUCAGUGUGGAUUGUUUCAUUCAAAUAAAGCUGCAGUACUCAA